AUGGCCAGCGAUGAGGAACCGAUCCCCGGGGAGGAAGUCGAUCCGCCCAGCGAGGACCUCUACACGAAGAGGAAGAAAAAAAAAGAACGAAACGAAAGCGUCUACUUUGAUAAGGUAAGGAAGAGCGAAUAUAUCUGCGUGGAAAUCCCAGGGAGGAUCAAAAAAGGAAGCAGAGGAUUGUCAGCCGUGGAAAGCUUAGGGGGGAUAAAAAAAAUAACAGAAUUAUUUCAUAUCAAGAAUAAUGGACACAGACAUGAAGAAAAUUUAAUCUUAAGAGUUAACAACAAUGACAUGUUUUCCUCCUUCGUGGCAGCCAAUUCAGCAAAAGUAAACAAUGUCUUAAUUAAAAUUAAAAGGACAAGGAAGAAUAUCUACAAAUUUGAAUUCCUGGGGUUUGUUCGUUACAUGUACUACUUUGACAACAUGAUCGACUUUUACUAUAUUCCCACUGGGGAACUGCUGGCCGAUAGAGCGAUAGGCCAACUUGGACCCCACCAAAAUGGUGACAAAGAGAAUAUACCCCACAUGGGUUACUAUUCAAAUCUUCAAACACAAGCACACAGCUGGAACAACAUGACGGACACACAGAUGUGCAACCAUACGAGGCACACCUCGAACAUGAUGAAUCUAAGUGCACAGCUGUAUGAUUCUGAUAAAAUGGCUAGCUACGAAAGAGGUUAUUCUCAAAAUAUGAGCAGUAACAAUCACGUGGGGCAUAAUAAAGACGCCCAUUUGUUUUUACCCAAAUGUGGAAGUAACCAGAACGAUGCGAAUUUCUUUCAGCUCAGUUCGAACGGAGAAAGGGAGGCAGAAGGGGGAGAGCACACAGAUCGCCUCUACCGAAUUAGCAUUGAAGAAAAGGAGGAAGACAAUCAGAUGGGCUCCUUCACAGAUAUGCCAAUUUGUGAAAUGGGGCAAGAUGUGGGAAUCCCCAGGUGCAGCAAUAGAAUGAACGUUACCAUUUUGGCAAACCCCCCAGGAGUAAAUACCCAAGCGCAAUUUCCAGGUGGAGAAUCAUCCCCCUUUGACGACAGCAGGUUUAACCACAUGAUGCAAACGGGUGGCCAAGAGUAUGACUACUUCUCAGAUUCUGAUCACAAUGAAUUAUACAAAAAAAUUAUAAGCUGUAAGGGUAAUAUUGAAUUAUUCGACCAAGUGAAGGAGAGUGAAUUUUCGUCGGACGAAAGCGAAGGGUACGAAUUAAACUGUUGCAUCCAUAGCAAAAAUACCAAUCCAUAUUUCUACAGAAAUUACGAAGCAACAACUACGAGUAGGUAUCUCAGGGAGUACAAAUAUUUAAUAAGCAAAUUUACUGCCCCCAUUUUUUCGAAUGUAGAAGCAAGCAAAGGAGAAAUGGAAAAGUUUAUUCAAGAGCUUAUCAUUAACAGAACUGAACAGGAAGCGUCGGGAGGUUCCACAUUGCAGGGCGUGGUUGGGAUGGCUCCAAAUGUGCAUGGGGUGAUCGGGGAAGAAGUGCAGAGUCGUGACAAUUUGGGUAAACCCGUGGGUGAGUACUGCGACGCAGGAGGAGUGUGGGGCGUGAGAGGGGGUGACGAUGGAGAGCGGCAUGGAGAUCAUCGUGCCGGUGAAGAUACAGGUGUGCAUUGUGAUGAUCAUACCGCUAACCAUUCGGAUGAUCAUAUCGCUAACCAUUCGGAUGAUUACAUCGCUAACCAUUCGGAUGAUCAUACCGCUAACCAUUCGGAUGAUCAUACCGCUAACCAUUCGGAUGAUCAUACCGCUAACCAUUCGGAUGAUCAUAUCGCUAACCAUUCUGUUGACCACUCGGAUGACCGCUCCGACGGGGAAGAGCUGCUUAUUGGAACCCCCCCAAGGAGCGGCCUCCCUCAGGACGACCACGAAACGAGCGAAUCUAGAACCGCAAGCCGAAAUGUAAACCACGCAGAAAAACAGAGUAACCAAAUUAUAGUAAGUAAAAAACCAGUCCACUGUAACCCGAUAGCCAAAUUUGAUGACCCCACCCUUCCAUGUAUCCCAUUCGAUUCUGCAUUAAAAAAAUACGUCUCCGAUAAGUUAUAUAAAAGGGUAAAGGAUCUGUUCGAAGUGAGACCAAUCUGGUCAAAGGAAGUCAUAUUGGAACAUCUUGACAAUGUGAGCACAUACUGCCUCAAGAGUUGCUUCUCGCGAAUUUGCUUCUACUUCGCGGAUGGCCCCUGGAGACGCACCUAUUGUAAAUACGGCUACGACCCGCGGAAGGACCCCUCCAGUUAUAUCUACCAAACCAUAGAUUUUAGGGACAACUACUUUAGAGAGAUUAAGAUGAAGAGUGCAAAUGAAAUGAACAGAAUUAUUUUAAAGAAAAAAAAAUUUAUCGAUAGGGUAGUUACAAAAAUUAUCAAAAGGGUAAAUAUUACGGGUAGGAGGAACACAAAUAAAAAGGGCAAACGAGAGGGCAUUUCGCAAAAGGGGAGUAACACCAUGAGUGUGAAAAAAGAAUCUCACACGGACCAAGCACAUAUGGAUGAAAACGAAAAAAGAGAUUUUAACAUAUAUUCCGAAUGUUCGCAAAGUUUCUCCCAACAUUAUGACGACCAUGCUGAGGUUCCAAAUGGGGACAAGUCUGGUUACCAUCCCUCAACGAAUAACCAAUACCCGAAAGACAUAAAUGAUCUUAAAAAUAUGUUCGACAUAUAUUCAAGUGCUGUCUCCUCAAAUGAUGAAAUUACUCCCCAGAUGGAUGAAGAAAUUAAUGACAUUUUUCAGUUUUUAAAAAAAUCAAUCACCUUUCAUUUGAGAAAAAGUUUUUCCGCGGAGUCCCACUUUUCCGUGAGCCCCCUGAAACUUUCAACAGUGUAUCAGUACGUAGACAUAUACGACAACAACGUCGCAGAUUAUUUAUCCAAUUUGAGGACGCAAGACGUGUGUACGAAGGAUUACGGGUGGAUGAACAGCAACGAUAUCGCCAAAAUUAGGGACAUUCUGUUCGUCCGGUCGGUGACGUUGAGGAGGGCCCAUAUAAAGUAA